UCUGCUGCUCGCUGUGCGGCGGGCGGGCGCAGCCGAGGCGGAGCGGGGCGGCGGGCGGACGAGAUGCGAGCGCAGCCGCUCUGGGCCGCGGUGCUGGUGCUGGGGGCGCUGGCGGGCGUCGGCGUCGGAGGACCAAACAUCUGUACCACACGAGGCGUGAGCUCCUGCCAGCAAUGUCUGGCUGUGAGUCCCAUGUGUGCCUGGUGCUCAGAUCAGACCCUGACUCCGGGCUCACCCCGCUGUAACCUGAAGGAGAAUCUGCUGAAGGAUAACUGUGCCCUGGAGUCCAUCGAGUUCCCCCUCAGUGAGGUCCGAAUCUUGGAGGCCAGGCCUCUCAGCGACAAGGGCUCUGGAGACAGUUCCCAAAUCACUCAAGUCAGUCCCCAGAGGAUUGCGCUCCGGCUCCGGCCAGAUGAUUCGAAGAGUUUCUCCAUCCAAGUCCGGCAGGUGGAAGACUACCCUGUGGACAUCUACUACUUGAUGGACCUGUCUUACUCCAUGAAAGAUGAUCUGUCGAGCAUCCAGAACCUGGGUACCAAGCUGGCCUCCCAGAUGCGCAAGCUCACCAGUAACCUGCGGAUUGGCUUUGGGGCCUUUGUGGACAAGCCUGCAUCACCAUACAUGUACAUCUCUCCACCAGAGGCCCUCAAAAACCCCUGCUAUGAUAUGAAGACCACCUGUUUGCCCAUGUUUGGCUACAAACAUGUGCUGUCACUAACUGACCAGGUGAACCGCUUCAACGAGGAGGUGAAGAAGCAGAGUGUGUCACGGAACCGAGAUGGCCCAGAGGGUGGCUUUGAUGCCAUCAUGCAGGCUACAGUCUGCGAUGAGAAGAUUGGCUGGAGGAAUGAUGCAUCCCACUUGCUGGUCUUUACCACUGAUGCCAAGACCCAUAUAGCACUGGAUGGAAGGCUAGCAGGCAUUGUCCAGCCCAAUGACGGGCAGUGCCACGUUGGCAGUGACAACCAUUACUCUGCUUCCACUACCAUGGAUUAUCCCUCUUUGGGGCUGAUGACCGAGAAGCUGUCCCAGAAAAACAUCAAUCUGAUCUUUGCGGUGACUGAAGCAGUAGUCAAACUCUACCAGAACUACAGUGAGCUCAUCCCAGGGACUACAGUGGGGACUCUGUCUGCAGAUUCCAGCAAUGUCCUCCAGCUCAUUGUUGAUUCCUACGGGAAAAUCCGCUCUAAAGUUGAGCUGGAGGUACGUGACCUUCCCGAGGAGUUGUCUCUAUCCUUCAAUGCCACUUGUCUCAACAACGAGGUCAUCCCAGGCCUGAAGUCUUGUGUUGGACUCAAGAUUGGAGACACGGUGAGCUUCAGCAUCGAGGCCAAGGUGCGAGGCUGCCCCCAGGAGAAGGAAAAGUCCUUUACCAUCAAGCCUGUCGGCUUCAAAGACAGCCUCACCAUCCAGGUCACCUUCGACUGUGACUGUGCCUGCCAGGCCCAUGCCGAGCCUUACAGCCGCCGCUGCAACAAUGGCAAUGGGACCUUUGAGUGUGGGGUGUGCCGCUGCGGGCCUGGCUGGCUGGGGUCCCAGUGUGAGUGCUCAGAGGAGGACUACCGACCCUCCCAGCAGGACGAGUGCAGCCCCCAGGAGGGCCAGCCUGUCUGCAGCCAGCGGGGCGAGUGUCUCUGUGGCCAGUGCGUCUGCCACAGCAGUGACUUUGGCAAGAUCACGGGCAAGUACUGCGAGUGUGAUGACUUCUCCUGUGUCCGCUACAAGGGAGAGAUGUGCUCGGGCCAUGGCCAAUGCAGCUGUGGGGACUGCCUGUGUGACUCCGACUGGACCGGCUACUACUGUAACUGUACCACACGCACCGACACCUGCAUGUCCAGUAACGGGCUGCUGUGCAGCGGCCGGGGCAAGUGCGAGUGCGGCAGCUGCGUCUGCAUCCAGCCGGGCUCCUACGGGACCACCUGUGAGAAGUGUCCCACCUGCCCUGAUGCCUGCACCUUUAAGAAGGAGUGUGUCGAGUGUAAGAAGUUCGACCGCGGAACCCUAUACAUGGAAAACACCUGCAACCGUUACUGUCGUGAUGAGGUUGAGUCUGUGAAGGAGCUUAAGGACACUGGCAAGGAUGCAGUGAAUUGCACCUACAAGAAUGAGGAUGACUGUGUCAUCAGAUUCCAGUACUAUGAAGACUCCAGUGGAAAGUCCAUCCUGUAUGUGGUAGAAGAGCCAGAGUGUCCCAAGGGCCCUGAUAUCCUGGUGGUCCUGCUCUCAGUGAUGGGGGCCAUUCUGCUCAUUGGUCUUGCUACGCUGCUCAUCUGGAAGCUCCUCAUCACCAUCCAUGAUCGGAAGGAGUUUGCGAAAUUUGAGGAAGAACGAGCCAGAGCAAAAUGGGACACGGCCAACAACCCACUGUAUAAAGAGGCCACAUCCACCUUCACCAACAUCACCUACCGGGGCACUUAAUGACAAGCAGUCGUCCUCAGAUCACUAGCAGAGUGUCCCAGGAUUGUGGGCAUCUCUGUCGUCAUGUUUACAGGGGACAGUAUCUGUGGGGCGGGAUUGGGGACUUGGAGUGAGGUGGGGCGGGAGAAUGUGAAUGCGUGGAAGCGUGGGUCUCUGUGCAUGAGUGCGUGUGAGUGGGUUGCGUAUGGGGGAAUGUGUAAUUUAAAACUUGUGGCGUGUCCCAGAUCAGCAGAGCUCCUCAGCCUUUGUCCUCAGAACGCCUCCUUCAGGGAUUCCUCCUGCUUAACCUGAGGGUGACCUGCGUAGCUGAGCAAAUGUUCUUCAUUACCUCAGAGAGAAGCCAGCUUUCCUUCUCGGGCCAUUCUCCCUGAAGAACAGAGCAGGGCUGAGGCCUCUCAUUCCAGAGAACGGGACUUUGAUUCUGCCCUGAGUUUAUGGGUCUUGGGCCUGACUCUCAGCAGCUAUGGCAGGAACUGCUGGGCUUUGUAGCCUUGUGUCACCUGUUCCCGUCUCCUUUCCCCUCCCUCAGGCUGAAGGAGAAUUCAGGGGAGAGCCGAAUCAUCAGAGCUGCCUGUGCCUUUGGCUAUCGCCUCAACCCAGUAUGGUUCUCUCAGUAGGGGAGUCCUUGCUACCGAAUUCUUUGAUCUAUCGGGAGAAAGGAUGACAGGGCCAUCCAGGGGUCAUGCAUGGCCUGGGGAAUGUGCCAGGGUCCCGCAGCUCAAAAUGACCCUUCAGAUUUGUCCCAUUGGCAGCUCCAUCCUAGAGGUUCAUUUAGAAGUGUUUCACCCUUAGACCAGCACUGCCUCUUACCUCCUACUUCCACAUGCUCACUGCUGUAGAUGUUUGCUGCAUACUGGGACUUUCAUGGCCAAAAGCUUUUCCUCCCAGAAAUGGGUGCUAUAGUUAGAGCCAGAGGUCUGGCCCACCCUCAGGCCUUCUGCCCCUUGUCCAAGGCACUUCCACACAUCCUACCCAGUGCUUUUAUGUGCUAAAUCCAUCCACGGGGCUGAUUGCCUUUAUCUACCUCUGGGGUGUCUUGAGAAGGAGUCAUUCCCACGGGUCUCUGAGUCUGUGCUGGGCAUAAGUGCCAGGGUGAAAUGAUGGGCCAGUUGUAUCAGCAUGUGUGGCCUAUUCUCCCUCGGGCUGGGCAACCUCAUUUUAACUCAGUCGUUAAUCUGAGAGGUCACAAGUGCAAUUUUCUUUUCUUUUUCUCAUUGGGGCACCUGGAACCACAAUGAAGCUUAAACUAAAGGACCAUGUAUAUAAACAAAUUGUAUUAUAUUUGUAAUUUUAUUUGAUGACAAGGAAGGAGAGUAUAAAAAAGCCACAGAGACUUGGGCUGGAUAUAGACAGCCCCACGUGGCAUCACUCAGAGCAAGUCAUUGCCCAGUUGUGGGAUCUGAAAAGGCUUUCUUAUCCUGGAAGCCUGUGGGGAUGGAUGCAUGGACAUGCUGGUCCUUUCCUGAGGAGGAGGGAAAUGGCCAAUAGCAAUAGCAGUUGCUCCAGUGGUGUUUACAUUAACAACUACCCUCUCAGUCUCCAAGAAAAAGGGGAGGCUCUAUAAACAGUGAUCUGAUGAUCAGAAAAUCUAAGAUCUGGCCUCAGUGUUGCAGUUAAGGAAUCUUUAAACGUAAUUAAGACACGUCACUUUGUUCUCCCUGAGGCUCAGUUUUCUAGUUCGAAAAAUGAUGGGUUUGGACCAGUCAGUCUAGAAGGUCUCUUUUAGUGUCAGAAUUCUAAGAUGUUGGGACUUACUUUGAGAUCAAACUCACCAUGAAGAUUCUGUGGGAUAUUGAUAUUGUUUUAUUUUUUUAGUUGGGAGAGAGACCUGGCUUUGGCAGGAGCAGAUGUCAUUCCACAUCACAGAUGUUAUUCAAUGAAAAAGCCUCAUUCUAUCCUGUCUUAGAGCCUCUUCUCCAACUUUUGUUAGCAGUUACAUCUCCUGACACUGUAGUCUUUAAGCUCCACUUAGUUCCUAUUUCUUAGUUCACUUUGCACACAUUUGCAUCCACAUAUUAGGGAAGAGGCACCCAUAAGAAGUAGCUGAAAUGUGUGGUUUGUAUCCAGGUGUUAACCUUGAGAAUAAGCCUUGGAAUUCGGAAUGGGGAAAAUGACUGAGGCCUGUCUGACCCACGGAUUAUCCUUUACUGUAGGGGAUGGUAACAUAGUGGAGGGAUAAGUGAGGGAUGGAUAAGGAAUCCAAGAAGUUUAGAACCUAACUGUAACCUUCAGCUAGGGAGACAAGAGUCCAUUAGAGUAGUAGUACAUUUUCUUUAGAUAAGAUGGCUUAUAUAAAGAAACUAUAUCAAAGGAGAAAGAAUAGGUAUCCAAUAGACUAAAACAUCAAUGGGAAUCUUGUGUGAGCUUCUGGAAUGAGGCUCAUAGGCCUUGAAGACCAGCACUGUUUGUCUAUAUGUAGAGGAACCUGUAAUGUGUUCGGGAGAGAGCAUAUAGCAGUGAGUUUUGGCAUCAUGUGGGGUGAACAUCUGAAUAGUAUUUUGGCAUCAGAUAACAUAGCGCAAAAAGGCCAUUCGUGCUCUGCUCUUUUGGAGAUAUUUCAUGUUCAGUCUCAGGGUCUGUGGACAGUAACGGGAAACUUUGACCAUUCCUGACAAGUUGUCACAUAAGGAGUCAGUUCUUUGUCAUUCAGAUAUUCCUGAUUUCAAGAUACUUCUCUCCAUUAAGUAUCACUGGUCAAAAUGACUUAAGUGCUUUCCUGACUUCCUAACCACCUCCUCUGUUUGAGUUGUGCAACAAUGAAUUAAAUGUGUUUUCCAAAAAGAAGUGGCCUAAGGCUGCCCAGUGCUUCCUGUGUUGUUAUUUCUGUUUCCUUUGGAUGAAAAAAAUAAUUAUUUUAGAACAAGGGUGUUUCCAAAUGCAAUAGAAUGAUGACUACUACCGAAACUAAAUUUAGCUUCAGAACCUGGAGCUUUUCUUUACACUUUAAUAACAUUUUCAAAAUGAAUAGGCUAUGACUGUUCUAAGAGUUACUUUUUUUUUUUUUCUAAUUGGGGAUUUUUAGGAACUUGCAUAGCCUCAACAGAAGAGUCUGUCAAUUUAGUCUAGGUUCUGUUUACAGGAAGCAUAACUUGGUAAAAUAAGUCUUAAUGGUAAAUUAUUUACAGGACCAUUUAACUGCCCUUUUAUUUAAGGCAGUGGGUCUCAAAAUGUGGUCCCAGGACCAUCAGCAUCAGUAUUACCCAGGAACUUGUUAGGAAUGAAAAUUCACAGGCCUCACCCCAGAACCACUGACUCAGAAAAUCUGGGAGUGGACCCAGCAUUUUGUGUCUUAAUAAGCCCUCUUGGUGAUUCUGUCAAACGCUCAAGUUUGAGAAUCACCGAUUUAAGGAUUCACAUACCUAUUGUUCUGGCCUAGAAAGAAAUUUCCAGUAAGUCAGUUCAAUUACUUAAAAGAUUAAGAACAUACCUUGGCUGGCAGAUUAAGAAAACCAAAUACUUACUCACAAAAUGAAAAUCCAUUUUCCAAGGUAAGUGAUCAGAGGCUCUUGGGUUCACUCACAGCCACAAAUUCCCAUGAAAAACUAAAAAAAAUAAUAGAUCAGAAUCACAGGGAGGGGAGGGCAGCUAACAAAAUACUUGGCAGGCAUCUAAGAAAACUUUUUAUGGGUACCAAGCUGAAGCAAGAAAAUACUCUCACAUGUAUUCACGGGAGAUGGGAUUGAAAUCUUAAUCGUUAACGUUGUCAUCCAAUAGGAUGCCAGAAUAAGACUUUAGAAUAUGUACGUUCACUUUUUGCAAUUUAAAAUGUAUUGAGCGCCAACAGAGUGGGAUUGAAGUAUUUUACAGAACACUCAUAACAUAAUUGUUGCCUUUGAGUCUUACAUUCCUUACUAAUGUAAAUUUUUAAACACAAUAGAGUGCAUGGCAUAAAAAGAUUAUGUGAACGUAGACUGAGUCCUUUUAUGAUGAAAUUUUGUAAGACCCACUGUUUUAUUUACAUUGUGGUAACUAAUGACUAAAUGCCUGGAUGAAGAUGGAGGACCUUAUGUGGAAACUAAAUGAAAAGCUACAUGUGAAAUCAUAUUUGUAAUCCCUUAACUCUUGGCCUCUGUAGUCUGACUCUAGUGUAAGAGUCAUCUAAUAACCACUGGGACCAAUUACAAGAAGGUUGUCUCAGAAUUUUAGUGCACUCAUUUUUCAUACUGAUGUGAGGAAGACAUAGCAAAUAAGCCAUUUAGGCCCUGAACAGUGUUGCUAAGUGGUUCGAAGAUUGGCCUACACACCAAAGGGUUGGGGGUUUGAUUCUGGCCA